AUGACAACCAAACAAGUCUCCCCCUGGCAAUCCAUCCUCGCUGGCGGCGCAGCAGGCGGAUUCGAGUCUCUCCUUACUUAUCCAACAGAAUACCUCAAAACCCGCCAACAACUCCUAAAAACGCACUCCACCGGCCCCCUCACCCUCCUCACAACCACCAUCCGCACACAUGGCCUCUCCCACCUCUACACAGGCAGCAUGGCGUUUUGCGUCUCGAAUGCGUCGAAAUCCGGGAUCCGCUUCUUCGCAUUCGAUACAGUGCGCAAGGUGAUGCCGGUAGACGGGAACGGAAAGGUGACGUCUCUCGGAAACCUAGUCGCAGGCAUGAUGGCCGGUGUCGCGGAGAGUGUGGCUAUCGUGACGCCGGGCGAGACGCUCAAGACGAAAAUUAUCGAUGAUCGAGCCGGAGCGAGAUGCUAUAAAUCUGCUACACAUGCCAUCCGGUGCAUUAUCAGCCAGGAGGAUGUGAGGGGGUUAUACCGGGGCGUGGUGCCAGUGACGCUCAAGCAAUCGUCCAACGCGAUGGUGCGGUUUACAAGCUACAGUUUCUUCCUGGGGCAGUUGGAUAGCUUCAGCCAGUCUGGUGUGAAUACGGCCAUCGCAGGUGCGAUGGCAGGCGUGGUGACGGUGUAUAUGACGAUGCCGUUUGACGCGGUCAAAACCCGACUCCAGGCGAUUGGGGGAUAUACCAAGUAUACAGGGUCAGUGGAUUGCGUGAGGUCAGUUAUGAAGAAUGAGGGCAUUUCUGCAUUGUGGAGAGGGACAACGCCGAGGUUGGCGAGGUUGAGUAUAUCUGGUGGGGUGAGUUUUACGAUAUAUGAGAAGGUGACUCAGUGGACAAGUAGAUGGAGUGUAUUAUAG